AACGCACAGAAUUGUGGGAAUUUAUGUGAAAUUAAGAUGGCAGCCGCCUGUGCGAGAACUCUCGGUAAGGUCGGCUGGCACAUUUUGGAGUCUCCACCAUGUCGUGCUGGGAAAAUUGCCUCCCUGAUUCCAAGGAUCCCGCUACAUGGAUCGAGCAGGGCCUACAGAACAGGUGGUGCAGGAUUCCGUUCAAAACUGUUCAGCACACCUCUGCGCGGUGGCAGGGUCCUGGGGUGUGCGUUCCUGUUUGGAGGGGGGCUUGGCUUGUAUCAAACAAUAAAGCUCUCCGUCCAACAUCACCUUGCUGAAGAAGAUGUCAAGCCUUCUGUUGGUGGCCUGAAGUUGACCCUGUAUCAGUACAAGACCUGCCCGUUCUGCAGUAAAGUGCGAGCUUUCCUAGACUACCAUGGGCUUCCAUAUGAGAUUGUGGAGGUCAACCCCGUCAUGAGGAAGGAAAUCAAGUGGUCAACUUACAGAAAAGUGCCAAUUGUGAUGGUGAAUGAUGAUGUGCAACUGAAUGACUCCUCAUUAAUAAUCAGUGCCUUGAAGACACAGUUGAUGAGCAAGGAUAAAACCAUCUCAGAAAUUCUGCGCUGUUACCCAGAGAUGAAGGCCGUCAAUGAGAAGGGGAAAGAGGUGAUCGAGUUCAACAACAAGUACUGGGUGAUGGUGAAUGAAGCUGAAGGUCAGACGAUGUACCCCGAGAAAGAUUCCAGAAAGGAGGAGAUCAAAUGGCGUAAGUGGGCAGAUGAUUGGCUGGUGCACCUGAUCUCACCCAAUGUUUACCGGACCACCGGAGAGGCCCUGGCCUCUUUUGACUAUAUCGUCCGUGAGGGCAAGUUUGGCACUUAUGAGGGAUUCUUUGCAAAGUAUGUUGGAGCAGCUGCCAUGUUUGUCAUCUCAAAAAGACUGAAAAGUAGACACAACCUGCAGGAUGACGUGAGACAGGAUCUGUACAAGGCAGUCAAUGAGUGGGUGGUGGCCAUUGGCAAGAAGAGGAAGUUCAUGGGUGGAGACCAGCCCAAUCUGGCUGACCUGGCAGUGUAUGGGAUCCUGAGAGUGAUGGAGGGUCUUGAGGCCUGGGAUGACAUGAUGGAGAACACCAAGGUGAAGAGCUGGUACAGACGAAUGGAGAAAGCUACAGAAAGCCACAAGGGCCAAACUGACCCUGCUCCAAAUAUUGACCAGCACUAGGAGAUCUGGUUCAAUAGCACUUCCAGCCCUCACUUAAUCAGGAGAUGUGAAGAGUGAUUGCAUUAAGGAGAGAUGGGUGAAGAAAAUGCUAUACAUUUGUCCUAAGGAUCUUGUCCUCCUGAUGCAAUUCACAGAAAUUGACUUCUCUAGCUAAUAUGGAUUAGGCUAAAGGCCAACCUCUUGAUUUAUUUCCUGUGAAAAUGCACCCAAAUGAUGUUAAUUUGCUUGAAUAAACUGGUAGCAGCAAGCCGUUUAGUUGUAGAUCCUUGAUUACUGUGGCAUUCUGUCUACCUGGUGUCCCACAGUGUCAAGGCUGCAGUGACAUGUGCACUGAGUAUACUAAACAUUAAGAACACCUGCUCUUUCCAUGAGUCUGACAAGGUGAAAGCUAGGAACCUUAUUGUCACUUGGUAAAUCCACUUCAGUGGGGAGGAGACAGGUUAAAUCAUUUUUAAGGCAUGGAUUGUGUAUGUGUGCCAUUCAGAGGGUGAAUGGGAAAGACAAAAUAUUUAAGUGCCUUUGAAUGGUAGAAGGUGCCGGGCGUACCGGUUUGUGUCAAGAACUGCAACACUGUUGGGUUUUUCACGCUCAACAGUUUCCUGUGUAUAUCAAGAAUGGUACUUGACACAACUGCGGUAAUCAUUGGAGUUGACAUGGGCCAGCAUCCCUGUGGAACUCUUGACACUUUGUAUAGUCCAUGCCCCAGCGAAUUGAGGCCAUUUUGAGGGCUAAAGGGGAGACGACAUUAGGUGUUUCUAAUGUUUUGUAUACUCAGUGUAUAUAACAUAAGUAAAACCAAAUGAGCAGCUUUAAAUUUACAUUGCAUCUGUGUAAACAUUGUCAAAUACCUCCUACAAGCAGUCUUAGCAUUUUGGAUUACAUUUCCCCCCCCCCCAUUCCAAUUUACUUGAAGGUUAAAAUGA